AUGGCAACCUCAUCCUCACCUCCUCUUCGUCCGUGGAUGAACAUGCAGGAUCAUUCUCGUCGCCCUGACGUGGCGGCUGCCGCUAUGGCAACUCAAUCGUUGACUUUGAACAGACCGGAUAUGGGUAUAUCCGCAAAUGGCGAUAUCUAUAGCCCGCAGAGGAAUGUGGUGCCUUCUGCGGCAAGCAGCGUGCGACGAGAGCAAAAUAAUAAGCAACUGGGUCCAUUGGAUACCACCGCGGACUUUCGUGGAUCUUCGACAGCGUUGGAUGAGCCUUUCAGUUCAAUAUCAACGGCCACUACGCUAGCAACGUAUUCGCCAAGGUCUACCAACGUAUCCCUUCCCCUGUCCCCUGCUUCGCCUUUUCAGUCGUCCAAAACUUUUAUCGAUAAUCGGCAGUCGGCAUCUGUGAAAGAGACCGCCACAUCUGGUUCUGCUCCCAUGCCGAUUACGUUGCCUAGGUUGACGGCGACAUCGCCUGACACCAAAGGUUUCGCGACUACUCCAUCUCCCACACUCACGUAUAGAGAAACCAACGGCACCACGCCUCGUCCGAUCCUAUCAUCGACCUCUUCUGUGCAGCGCCGACCUGAUCGCUUGCCCGUCCUGCAACUCGACUCAAGCAAAGGAAACGGCUUAUGGCCUGGUACCAACGAUACACUUCAAUCGCCUUGCUUUUUCCAUCAGCGCUUUGAUGACGCCGUGGAUGUUCACAAGGUGCUUGAAGAGAUUGCUGGGGAUGAGUGGAUGUCACACUCGAGACUGAUGCAAACCGCCACGGGCGUGCGCGAGGUUUCGAAACAAUUGCAGCGCCGACCCAUUAAACGGGCCGUCAAGAAUGUCAUGAUUGUGACCAAAGCCAGAGACAAUCACCUGAUAACUCUGACUAGAGAAUUAGCAGAAUGGCUGAUGAAAACGCCAAGAUAUUCAUCAGAUUUGGGAGUCAAUGUUUAUGUGGACGAAAAGCUGCGGCAUUCGAGAAGAUUUGAUGCGGCUGGUCUAUUGGAGGUGGAACCGCGAUUUCAACAGAUGCUCCGAUAUUGGACGCCUGAUCUCUGCUGGGAGCAGCCUGAGAGAUUUGACCUCGUCCUUACGCUUGGUGGAGAUGGAACCGUACUUUUCACCAGCUGGCUCUUCCAGCGCGUUGUACCGCCCAUUCUGAGUUUUAGCUUGGGCAGUCUGGGCUUCCUCACCAAUUUUGAAUUUCCUUGCUAUAAACAAGAUCUGGAUCGGAUUAUGGGUUCCGAGGGCAUGCGAGUCAAUCUUCGUAUGAGAUUCACCUGCACAGUACACCGGCUGCGGGCGGAUGGCACCAGCGCUGCGGGCGAGCAAUUCCAAGUACUGAACGAACUUGUCAUUGAUCGCGGACCGUCACCCUACGUCUCGAAUCUCGAGCUUUAUGGUGACAAUGAGCUGUUGACCGUCGUCCAAGCCGAUGGCUGUAUUUUCUCCACUCCGACAGGCUCUACGGCUUAUUCGCUCUCCGCCGGUGGCUCGCUUGUGCAUCCCGAUAUUCCUGCCAUCCUACUGACCCCUAUCUGCCCUCACACCCUCUCAUUCCGGCCAAUGCUCCUGACGGACACCAUGCUUUUCCGAGUCUCAGUUCCGCGACAGUCUCGUGCCACGGCGUACUGUUCAUUUGAUGGCAAAGGCCGGGUAGAGCUCCGCCAGGGCGAUUCUGUCACCAUCGCGGCGUCCCAAUAUCCCUUCCCAACCGUAUCAUCUCAGCCAACUGAAUGGUUCAACAGCGUCAGUCGGACGCUGAGGUGGAACACGCGUGCUGCUCAGCAAAAGGCAUGGGAUGGAGAGAAUGCUGACGCCGACGGGGAGACGUAUGACAUUGACACGAUUGAUCCGCUUACUGCAGCCGGUGUCAUACAUCGCCGUCAUCUCAAGCCUCAAAGUUCAUUGCAAUCCAUUCGCCAUACAAUAGUCCGCGCCAAUGCGUCGGCGCUGCCACAAAUCGCCCUGUCAUCACUCAAGCAACGUCAUUUCCUCACCAUCGCGGCCGCACCCCGAACAAUUGAGAACAGCCGGAGAAUUUUAACUAUUAAGAGUCGGGCGCAAAAAAGAUGGGCAAGCGAAGAUGCCACGGUCGUGUCCAAAGCUCCGGUCACAGAAAAGCGACCGGCAGCGCAAGAGCAGGAACAGGAAGCGCAAACGACUCCUUCAGAACCGGCAGCUCAUGCAACUACCCCAGCGCCUGCACCUAUUGACCAGCAUACGUCUACCCCUGCGAACAGCGAGAGUCAAAUCGAACAGACAUCUCUAAAUAUUACAGAGCCGGCUGAGCUUACGCCUCAGUCGAGCAACGCCGCAGCCAGCACUGAUGCUGCUGCUGCUGCUGCUGCUGCUCCAACGGCUCCUUCCUCCUCAACUAGCGAGGAAGGCGUCCAGGACACUGCGUCUGAAGUAACCUCACCUGGUGGAGUAGCCAAGGAAGGCUUCCGGACGCUCUGGAUUGGAAACCUACCAUUUAGAAUGAGUGUUGAUGAGCUUAAGGAAAUUGUAAAUGCCAUUGCUCCUACCACUUAUGCUCGGAUAUUAAAGGAUACUUAUGGUCGGAGCAGAGGAUUUGCCUAUGUCGACUUCGAAACCCACGAGGAGGCGCAAAAGGUCAAACAUGCUCUCAUCAACCGCAAGAUCCACGACAGGGUGGUCCAGGUUAACUUUUCUCGUGGUCCGCAAGCAUUGCCCACCAAGGACAAGCCGCUGCAAACAGUCAAUCCUCCAAGCAAAGUGCUCUUCAUUGGAAACAUUCCCUACGAUGCAUCGGAUAAGGACUUGAAUGCUCUUUUCCGACCAGUGAAAAAUGCCAUCGAAUUUCGAGUCGCGAUUGAUCGCCAGACCGGCCAUCCUCGAGGUUUCUGCCAUGCUGAGUUUAUCGACACCCCGUCGGCCAAGGAAGCAUUCGAGUAUUUCUCAGCGAAGUCUUUACAUGGCCGGCAGCUUAAAGUCGAUUAUACCCACCAGAGAGGACGAGCAGGUUCAAACCGUCAGUUGAACCCCACGCGAGACAUUGGACCUGGCAAAUCAGAUGCAACUCAGGAGUAA